AUGUGUCAUGUCAUUGUAACAUGUCGCUCAAUGCUAUGGACUCUCCUGAGUAUUGUGGUGGCUUUCGCAGAGCUUAUCGCUUUCAUGAGCGCAGACUGGCUGAUUGGCAAAGCAAAGCCUUCAAGCUCCGAGGAUGUCGACAACAGAACGGGGGGGUCGCAGGAACCUUACCAUCCAACACUGGGCAUCUACGGGCGCUGCACCAGAAUCUCCCACAUGCAGCUUUCUAGACGAGACACGCUUUGUGGUCCUUACGCCGAAAACUUCAGUGAGAUUGCCAGUGGGUUUUGGCAGGCAACCGCUAUUUUCCUAGCCAUGGGAAUCAUGAUUCUCUGUGCUGUGGCGUUCGUGUCCGUCUUUACUAUGUGUGUGCAGAGUAUUAUGAAGAAAAGCAUUUUUAAUGUCUGUGGGCUGCUACAAGGGAUUGCAGGCCUCUUCCUUAUCUUAGGCUUGAUACUUUACCCUGCAGGUUGGGGAUGCCAGAAGGCAAUAAGCUAUUGUGGACAUUAUGCUUCCGCUUACAAACUAGGAGACUGCUCCUUGGGCUGGGCUUUCUACACAGCUAUUGGUGGCACUAUUCUGACCUUCAUCUGUGCAGUCUUCUCGGCGCAGGCUGAAAUAGCCACAUCCAGUGACAAAGUGCAAGAAGAAAUAGAAGAAGGAAAAAACCUUAUCUGCCUCCUUUAACUCCAGUGGGGAAAAACACCAGCGCCUGGAUCUUAUAUCUGCUUUCCAUUGACUGGACAAGCAGAUCUGCUUACCUGUUUCUACCAUUUGUGUGAUUGAGCCCCAGGCAUUGCAGCCCCGAACUACUGAAACGGUCUUCCUUCCUUGCUGGGCAAUGAGGAUCAGACAAAGGAUCCUAAAAAAGCAGAAUGUAAAUACAUGGGGAUUUUUUUUUUAGCUUCAUUUUAUGAUCAGGACACAGUGGAAUAUAUUAAUCUGACCAGGGAGGUGAGGAAUCGUGUAUAUAGCAGGAACCAACAAAUUCUGGUUGAUUGGAUAGGCUUACCCACUUUGGUCACUUUGAAGAA